GGGAAUGAAAGAGAAAGAGAGAAAUGGUCUUGUGCUGUGUACGCUGUCAGCUGAGAUGUGAAACACCAUACAAGAUGCUCAUUUAAGUCAGCAGAGCACACAGAAGGAUACAGCAGACAUCUGGCUGAGAAGCAGAAUGGCCUUCAACAGUUCCAUCCUUCCGCCGGUAGCCAUGGCCUUCUCCUCCUCCUCCAAGAGUGACAAGGCCGCCAUAGACAUAGACGCCAUCGUAGACAACAUAAACAUCGUCCUCUACACCAUCACCGUGGUCUUCGGAACCAUCGGCAACAGCGUCGUCAUUUGGGUGGGCGGAGUCCGCCUGCCGUCCAAGGUCACCAACGUGUGGAUCGUCAACCUGGCCGUGGCCGAUCUCAUCUUCUGCGUCACGCGCGCCAUCUCGCUGGCCAAGAAGCUCUUCUUCGACCACUGGCCCUUCGGCGUCUUCCUCUGCAAGUUCAAUGGCUUCUUCAAGUACGCCAACAUGUUCUGCAGCGUGUUCCUGUUGGCCGUCAUCAGUCUGGACCGGGCCCUGUGCGUUUGGCGGCCCGUCUUCACCAAGCAGCACCGCACCAUUCGCAACGCGAGGAUCGUUAGCGUCAUGGUGUGGCUGGCGGCGUCCAUCAUGAGCUCACCGUACUUCGUCUACCGGGAGGUCUACCUGGGCAAGAACAAUCUCAGCAAGUGCAGCUUGGAGGUGAAGGAGAAGGAGGGUGAGAACUCGGCCAAGACGGCGCUCUACACCAUCCGCUUCCUGUGCGGCUUCGCCCUCCCCUUCCUGGUCAUCCUCUGCUGCUACAUCCUGGCGGGGGUGGGGAUCCGACGCACGCGCCUCCGGGGAAAAUCUCGCCCCCUCCGCAUCCUGGCCGGCCUGGUCUGCGCCUUCUUCGUGUGCUGGGCGCCCUACCACAUCUUCCUCCUGAUCAAGAUGACCAACAGCAAGAGCAAAGUGGUGAAGGUCGGCCACACGUUGGCCAAGGGCGUCGCCUACUUCAACAGCUGCGUCAACCCCGUGCUGUACUUCUGCAUGGGCCUCAACUUGAGGCGUCGCCUGGGCCAGACGCUGUCGGGCGUGUACCGGCGAGCGCUGGCCGAAGACGGAGAUGGGCCGACGACGCAGUCGCAGGACAAUGGCGUGGAGGAGAGCUCGGGCUCCCUACCUGGACAGGCGGCGGCGCGCCGCAAGUCAUCACCUGCUGUUGGACCUCCUCAAGCCUGACUGGAUACCAGGAGGUGUUUCACCACACCACUUUGUACAAAGCCUGUGUAUAAGCUUACUGUCACCAAAAUUGUAAUGAGACGUCUUAAUCCGUCACUUAAGGCUGGCUCCACACUAGAGCGUGGCGGAACAGCAGCGAGACGACUGAGGUCUUUCUGCUUAGUUUCGGCCGGUGUGUUCUACUCUGCCUUUCACAGCGACAGCGUCGGCGUGCGCGGCCAGUCCAGUUCAAAAUCCCCCCCACAGCCAAAGCUAGCGUGCUACUUUGCCUUUCAUUUGAAUGGAACACCGCCGGUCGCUGCCAUCCAAAAUCCGGUCGAGUUCUUUUUUCCAAAUGUAGCACGGAGUGGAACCGGCUCCCGCGCCGCUGACGCCCAACUACAGCCGGUUGGUGUGUAAGGACAGAUUUGUUUCCAUGUAUUUUCGCCACCACCGGUAAAAAAACGCUUCCGUGCCGCGACGCUUCACCGCUUUGGUGUGAAAGCAGCCUUAGGCUCUCAUUAAUGUCAUGGCAAUGUUCUUAUGAUGUAGUUGAGUCUUUUCAGCAAAGACUGAAUGAGUCCAUCUGAACAAAGAGGUUACCACAUUUCCCAGAGGUAUUCACACUCUUUUCUGUGCUUCAACGAUCUGGUGAGGCAACAGUUCUUUAAAAGAAUAAACAUUCUAUGUCCAUACAUAACGUCUUCAUGGAACUUUCCAGAGAUUUUUUUGGGUGUGGUUUGACUUUUCAUGGAAGGCUUUUGAAUGUUCUUCUUUUUUAUUGACCUUAUGUUCACCCCGGGUCAUUAUAUUCAAAGUUCAAACUGUGCCCUUUUUUGAUUGGGAAAUCAUACGUAUUCUUGACUGACUCAGGCUGCCAAUGCUGGUCUAAAAAAGGGAGAAGACAGAGGGAGAGAGAGAGAGAGGGAGAGGGGAAGUUGUGUUUUUACCCGUUGUGUGCGUCUGACCACGGAGACUCUGCGCCACAGCAUUAGUCACAGGUUUUUAGACAAGUGUGUCUCAUCUGCAUCAAACCAAAAUGACCUGCCAAAAAUACUUAACUGUGAAAUUUAGACCAAAGUGGCUAGCCAAAAUGACUUUACUGUGAAGUUCCGCUUCACCACCUGUUCCACUUUCUUCUUCGUAACAUCUUGUUCGUUUUUUUUUCACUAUAAAGGUCACUAUGGAUGUGUUGUGACAAAAAAUUAAACGGUAACAAUGUUACUUUGAAAAUGUUCUCCGCCUUGCAUCUCCUAAUGUUAAAUGUUGUUUUACGUAUUUUAUUUGAUAUUGAUGAUGAUAAGAACAUAAAUACAUUCUAUGUUUCCAUGUGACUUAUGUAAAAACAUAAUAUAUUUUUACUUGUAUAUAACGACUUGGAACUAAUUACUGCUUCUGCUUACCAGCCGCUGUAUUUUCAGUAUUUUGCGCUUGUUGUAAAUUCACAUGCACCACAUGAAAAUUCUUUCACUUCUACUGACGGAUUAUUUUGUUUGUGUAUAAGUAAUAAACUGAAUUUACUUCACCCCUUCAUAAGACCAAAUCCACAAACUUCUGCUUUCAUUGAUUGUUAGAUCCCUUCUUGCUAUUGCUUCUGGUGCUCAGUGUUGCCAGAUGUGUCUGACCAAAUCCCGCCCAAAAGCUUCUCAAAAAACGCCAAAAUGUGCUAAAUUCCACCCAAAUUCAACAAAUUACAUUGACUUCUAUGGGCCCAAAACGGCUGAAAAAAAAGCCAAAUGGCCAAUUUUCCCGAUUUUUACCCGCAGACGCUCAUUCAAAGUAGCACAAUUGGGUGGGCACCCGCCCAAUCUGGCAACACUGCUGGUGCUUCUAAUGCUUACCAACAAUUUACCGUCAUUGCACAAUACAAUGUAAAUAGGCCCCACCAUAAAGGCUGUUGUUACGACUACCCAGCAGUUUAUU